AUGUCUUCCCGGCUUCGUGGACGAGACGAUUUCGAUCUGGAUGGCGCUCUAGAACCGCCAACUAGUCCCGCUCAGCAGGCUCUGACACACGUGUAUGAACAGGAUCAGAGGCAACGAAGAAAUGGCCCGAGAGCGCCCGAGCCAACAACCCCGGAUCUGUCGGCGAAAGGAAAGCCUAGGUUGCUCUUGAUGGGACAGAGAAGGAGUGGGAAAUCGUCGAUAUCAAGUGUGGUAUUUCAUAAGCUGCCACCCAGCGAGACGUUGUACCUCGAGUCGACGGCACGCAUCCAGAAAGACACCAUGCCCUCCUUUAUGGAUUUUCAGGUAUGGGACUUCCCAGGUCAGAUCGAUAUCUUUGACAACCCGACCUUUGAUAUCGACGCCAUAUUUGGCGAGAUCGGCGCCCUGAUUUGGGUCAUCGAUGCCCAGGAUGACUACCUAGAGGCCGUAGCACGUCUGAACGUGACUAUAUUAAACCUCCAGAGGACGUACCCUAAUAUCAAAAUCGAAGUAUUCAUUCACAAGGUGGAUGGCUUAUCGGAUGACUACAAGUUGGACAUCCAACGAGACAUUACUAUACGCAUCCAGGACGAACUCUCAGACCAUGGCUUCGAAAACGCCCCCGUCACGUUCCACCUGACUAGUAUUUAUAAUCACAGCAUCUUUGAGGCCUUUAGCAAGGUUAUACAGAAGCUCAUCCCCCGACUCGGCAUACUCGAGGCGAUGUUGACCAACCUCUGCCGCACGUGCCGCUUUGAGAAGGCGUAUCUGUUUGAUGUCUUGUCCAAGAUAUACAUUGCCACCGACAGUGAGCCUGCAGAUAUGGCGAGCUAUGAGAUUUGUUCCGAUUACAUUGACGUCAUAAUAGACGUCACGGAGGUCUACGGCAGCUGGACGCGGACACAGAGGUACCGGGACGCGCUAGAAGGGCCGCCGUGGAACCAGAAGAUCGAGGACCAGGUGGCGUCAGGCUGCGCGGAGAGCUGCAUUGUGCUGAGCGACGGGAGCAAGCCCAUCAUCUUGCGCGAGGUCGACAAGUACCUGGCUAUGGUGGCGAUCAUGAAGGAGGACAGCUAUGACAAGAUGCCCCUGGUUAACAUGAAUGUCGAGGUCGUCGUGCAGGGCGUGAAGGAGUUCUUCGAGAUCACGAAGCCAAAAUAGUCUCGACGAGACAGCGGCGGCGAAGAUAUAUACAACCCUUAUUUCUGUUGGGGGCCUCUUUUCUAGGUUGAACGAGCCCCAUCCCGACUUGCGCGAGGCGAUGAUGGUCAAGCAGCUAUCUAGAUAGCUGUUAUGGAGGCAGAGCGGUACUCGCCCGCACGCGCGGAAACGCGGAAUACUCUAUCCCAUCGGUCGAGCAUCAAUAACCUCUAAGUCCGCGUGAAGUUGAUGGAUCGUAUACGAAGUGUAGACGACGAGCUCUGAGACGGGGAGGCUGGCUGGGUUAGCGGGUGCUAGGCAAGCUCUACACCGCUAGUACUCCUGCCGAGACGUCUAGUCCCCGCACCAUGUCUAUGAGUGUAGUAUGUGGAUAUAUGUAGACGGAGACCAAGGACACCCAACGGCGAGGGGGCUUGGGGUGCGAAUGUGUACGUAGAGAGGGAUGGAGAGAGGUUAAUAAUUUCCGUCUAUGUCUCAUUGACGACAUUCAUAUUGGCGGUGGGCGGAACCGAUACGUUAAGCAAGACGAUUUACGGAUCCAGAGCAGACAAGGCCCUCCCUACUGAUAGAGUGACGACGACUUAUAUCCCCGAUCCUCCUGUUUCGA